AUGCCACGUAAGCUACGUAAGAAUAUACGUAAGAGGAAGGGAGCAUUGAAACAUCCAAUAGUAAAACUGACACCACAACAACAGUUGCAACAACAAAUGAUGAAUGACCCCACUAUGUUGCAACAAAUGUCAAGCAACCCUAUGCUUUUAAACCGAGUUCUUGGUGCACAGAGUGGAGGUUUAAGAGCGGCACUUUUAGCGAAAAUGGCAGGCUAUGGUGGAGCUGCAGACGGAACAGCUUAUAACCCUCAAAGUCAAAUGAAUUUGAGUUCACUCAAAAAUCAAAUAACAGAUGUCAAAAAGUCAAACAUAGACAUACAGAAACAAAUAAGUGAAAACGAAAAGAAACUAGAAUAUGACAGACACACAAAGAAACUCAAUGAGUUAAACGUAGAGAAAAAGAAGAAAGAAGAACAACUGAAAGAACUAAGUACAGAGGAAUAUGCGAAAAAAGUGUCAGAAAAAGCAGCAGAAGUAGCAAAAAUGGAACAAGAUGUUAUAAAUUUGAAAAACCAUACUACUCAAUAUAAAGUACUGAAAGAUGAAGAGAUAAAACAAAAAGCCAUGAAGACAUAUAUGGAUAGCGAUGAGUAUAAAAAAGAAGUUGAAGCAAA